AUGAGAGUAAUAGCCUUCGUGAUCUUGUGCGCUCUUCAGUACGUAUCGUCGGCUGCGCCGCCGGACGACAUCGUGAAUGAGUUGAUAAACAUUUUCUCUGACGGAAAUGCUUUACAAACUAAAAAUGUGAGCACGAGUGAUGAAUUUGACGUAGACCAAACUGGAGGUGUAUGGGAAAAAUCGACAACACGUACGAAUUUCGAAAGGCAAGGACAUGCAAGUAGCGACGUGACCGGUGACGACGUGAAAGUCCGAACCAUAAGGAUCGAAGUAGACGCUUCCGGCCGUGAAAGAAUAUUUGAAGAAGACGUGAUCAUUAAAAAAGUACCAGGAAAGGCACCAAGCUCCAGAGCUUCUAGUUCUGCUGCAAGUGCUAGUUCUAGCGCCGCAAGCUCGUCAUACGAGGCACCAAGACCAUCGUAUCGCCAACCAUUGGUACCAUACGGAAAUCAAAGACCUAACGGUGCAGUCUCGUCGAACGCAGCUGCUGUUAGCGCAUCUGGCCCAGGCAACCAAGGAGCCGGCUACGGAUCUGGUCUCUACGGUAACGGAAACGGAUCUGGUGAACAAAUCGUCGUCAUCAACGGUGGAUCAUCGGGUGCUGGUUCUUCAUCUAGCUCAAGUGCUAGUGCAGCUAGUGCUUCCUCCUCCGGACGUAAUGGUGGAGCAGGAUACUUGAACCAACAAGAAUCAGAUGCCGCAGCAGCCGCUAUUGCCGCUGAUGCUGCAAAUGCUGCGAACGCUGCUAACGCCGCUGCAGCAGCUGCCAACGCCGCUGUAGCAGCCGCUAAAUAUGAUAACGAAAUAAGAGCUUACAGACAACCUGGCUCUAAUACAGUUUCUGUUUCUGCCUCAUCGUCAUCCGUUUCAAGCGGAUCUGGUGAACAAAUCGUCGUCAUCAACGGUGGAUCAUCAGGUGCUGGUUCUUCAUCUAGCUCAAGUGCUAGUGCAGCUAGUGCUUCCUCCGGACCUAAUGGUGGAGCAGGAUACUUGAACCAACAAGAAUCAGAUGCCGCAGCAGCCGCCGCAGCCGCUGCCGCCGCAAACGCCGCCAAUGCUGCCAACGCUGCUGCUGCAGCUGCCGCCAACGCCGCAGCCUCUGCUGCUGAAUAUGAUAAUGCUUAUGGACCACUCGGUGGACUGGGUUCAGGUUUAGGUUACGGAUCGAACUCGGCCGGUCUCGGUAACGGACCAUACGGUCGUGGAUUUGGACCAUACGGAAAUCAAGGAUCGAACGGUGCUUCCUCAGCCGCCGCAGCUGCCGCUAGUGCAUCUGGAGCAGGUAAUCAAGGAGCUGGUUACGGAGCUGGAAACGGUGCAGGUGAAAACAUCGUCGUUAUCAAUGCUGGAUCAUCCGGCGCCGGAUCGGGCUCCAGUGCAUCUGCUAGUGCAGCAAGCGCUGGUUCCGCUGGUGGUAACAGUGGUUCAGGACUAUCAGGACUCGGAUACGGACAACAAUACGGAGCCGGUGGUGCUGGAUCUGCUGCUGCUGCCGCUGCCGCUGCCGCUUCUGCUGGUGGCUACGAAAAUGGAAUUGGCGCACUCGGCGUCCAAGGACUUGGAUCGGGACUCGGAUACGGAGGCAAUUCGGCAGCUGCCGCCGCCGCCGCUGAAGCAGCCUCAGCAUCUGGUUCCGGCUACGGACCAUACGGCUCAGCAUUCGGACCAUACGGAAAUCAAGGAUCUAACGGCGCAUCUUCCGCCGCCUCAGCUGCCGCCACUGCAUCUGGCCCAGGCAACCAAGGAGCCGGCUACGGAUCUGGUCUCUACGGUAACGGAAACGGAUCUGGUGAACAAAUCGUCGUCAUCAACGGUGGAUCAUCAGGUGCUGGUUCUUCAUCUAGCUCAAGUGCUAGUGCAGCUAGUGCUUCUUCCUCCGGACCUAAUGGUGGAGCAGGAUACUUGAACCAACAAGAAUCAGAUGCCGCAGCAGCCGCCGCAGCCGCUGCCGCCGCAAACGCCGCCAAUGCUGCCAACGCUGCUGCUGCAGCUGCCGCCAACGCCGCAGCCUCUGCUGCUGAAUAUGAUAAUGCUUAUGGACCACUCGGUGGACUGGGUUCAGGUUUAGGUUACGGAUCGAACUCGGCCGGUCUCGGUAACGGACCAUACGGUCGUGGAUUUGGACCAUACGGAAAUCAAGGAUCGAACGGUGCUUCUUCAGCCGCCGCAGCUGCCGCUAGUGCAUCUGGAGCAGGCAAUCAAGGAGCUGGUUACGGAUCUGGUCUCUACGGUAACGGAAACGGAUCUGGUGAACAAAUCGUCGUCAUCAACGGUGGAUCAUCAGGUGCUGGUUCUUCAUCUAGCUCAAGUGCUAGUGCAGCUAGUGCUUCUUCCUCCGGACCUAAUGGUGGAGCAGGAUACUUGAACCAACAAGAAUCAGAUGCCUCAGCAGCCGCCGCAGCCGCUGCCGCCGCAAACGCCGCCAAUGCUGCCAACGCUGCUGCUGCAGCUGCCGCCAACGCCGCAGCCUCUGCUGCUGAAUAUGAUAAUGCUUAUGGACCACUCGGUGGACUGGGUUCAGGUUUAGGUUACGGAUCGAACUCGGCCGGUCUCGGUAACGGACCAUACGGUCGUGGAUUUGGACCAUACGGAAAUCAAGGAUCGAACGGUGCUUCCUCAGCCGCCGCAGCUGCCGCUAGUGCAUCUGGAGCAGGUAAUCAAGGAGCUGGUUACGGAGCUGGAAACGGUGCAGGUGAAAACAUCGUCGUUAUCAAUGCUGGAUCAUCCGGCGCCGGAUCGGGCUCCAGUGCAUCUGCUAGUGCAGCAAGCGCUGGUUCCGCUGGUGGUAACAGUGGUUCAGGACUAUCAGGACUCGGAUACGGACAACAAUACGGAGCCGGUGGUGCUGGAUCUGCUGCUGCUGCCGCUGCCGCUGCCGCUUCUGCUGGUGGCUACGAAAAUGGAAUUGGCGCACUCGGCGUCCAAGGACUUGGAUCGGGACUCGGAUACGGAGGCAAUUCGGCAGCUGCCGCCGCCGCCGCCGCCGCUGAAGCAGCCUCAGCAUCUGGUUCCGGCUACGGACCAUACGGCUCAGCAUUCGGACCAUACGGAAAUCAAGGAUCUAACGGCGCAUCUUCCGCCGCCUCAGCUGCCGCCAGUGCAUCUGGCCCAGGCAACCAAGGAGCCGGCUACGGAUCUGGUCUCUACGGUAACGGAAACGGAUCUGGUGAACAAAUCGUCGUCAUCAACGGUGGAUCAUCAGGUGCUGGUUCUUCAUCUAGCUCAAGUGCUAGUGCAGCUAGUGCUUCUUCCUCCGGACCUAAUGGUGGAGCAGGAUACUUGAACCAACAAGAAUCAGAUGCCGCAGCAGCCGCCGCAGCCGCUGCCGCCGCAAACGCCGCCAAUGCUGCCAACGCUGCUGCUGCAGCUGCCGCCAACGCCGCAGCCUCUGCUGCUGAAUAUGAUAAUGCUUAUGGACCACUCGGUGGACUGGGUUCAGGUUUAGGUUACGGAUCGAACUCGGCCGGUCUCGGUAACGGACCAUACGGUCGUGGAUUUGGACCAUACGGAAAUCAAGGAUCGAACGGUGCUUCCUCAGCCGCCGCAGCUGCCGCUAGUGCAUCUGGAGCAGGUAAUCAAGGAGCUGGUUACGGAGCUGGAAACGGUGCAGGUGAAAACAUCGUCGUUAUCAAUGCUGGAUCAUCCGGCGCCGGAUCGGGCUCCAGUGCAUCUGCUAGUGCAGCAAGCGCUGGUUCCGCUGGUGGUAACAGUGGUUCAGGACUAUCAGGACUCGGAUACGGACAACAAUACGGAGCCGGUGGUGCUGGAUCUGCUGCUGCUGCCGCUGCCGCUGCCGCUUCUGCUGGUGGCUACGAAAAUGGAAUUGGCGCACUCGGCGUCCAAGGACUUGGAUCGGGACUCGGAUACGGAGGCAAUUCGGCAGCUGCCGCCGCCGCCGCCGCCGCUGAAGCAGCCUCAGCAUCUGGUUCCGGCUACGGACCAUACGGCUCAGCAUUCGGACCAUACGGAAAUCAAGGAUCUAACGGCGCAUCUUCCGCCGCCUCAGCUGCCGCCAGUGCAUCUGGCCCAGGCAACCAAGGAGCCGGCUACGGAUCUGGUCUCUACGGUAACGGAAACGGAUCUGGUGAACAAAUCGUCGUCAUCAACGGUGGAUCAUCAGGUGCUGGUUCUUCAUCUAGCUCAAGUGCUAGUGCAGCUAGUGCUUCUUCCUCCGGACCUAAUGGUGGAGCAGGAUACUUGAACCAACAAGAAUCAGAUGCCGCAGCAGCCGCCGCAGCCGCUGCCGCCGCAAACGCCGCCAAUGCUGCCAACGCUGCUGCUGCAGCUGCCGCCAACGCCGCAGCCUCUGCUGCUGAAUAUGAUAAUGCUUAUGGACCACUCGGUGGACUGGGUUCAGGUUUAGGUUACGGAUCGAACUCGGCCGGUCUCGGUAACGGACCAUACGGUCGUGGAUUUGGACCAUACGGAAAUCAAGGAUCGAACGGUGCUUCUUCAGCCGCCGCAGCUGCCGCUAGUGCAUCUGGAGCAGGCAAUCAAGGAGCUGGUUACGGAUCUGGUCUCUACGGUAACGGAAACGGAUCUGGUGAACAAAUCGUCGUCAUCAACGGUGGAUCAUCAGGUGCUGGUUCUUCAUCUAGCUCAAGUGCUAGUGCAGCUAGUGCUUCUUCCUCCGGACCUAAUGGUGGAGCAGGAUACUUGAACCAACAAGAAUCAGAUGCCGCAGCAGCCGCCGCAGCCGCUGCCGCCGCAAACGCCGCCAAUGCUGCCAACGCUGCUGCUGCAGCUGCCGCCAACGCCGCAGCCUCUGCUGCUGAAUAUGAUAAUGCUUAUGGACCACUCGGUGGACUGGGUUCAGGUUUAGGUUACGGAUCGAACUCGGCCGGUCUCGGUAACGGACCAUACGGUCGUGGAUUUGGACCAUACGGAAAUCAAGGAUCGAACGGUGCUUCCUCAGCCGCCGCAGCUGCCGCUAGUGCAUCUGGAGCAGGUAAUCAAGGAGCUGGUUACGGAGCUGGAAACGGUGCAGGUGAAAACAUCGUCGUUAUCAAUGCUGGAUCAUCCGGCGCCGGAUCGGGCUCCAGUGCAUCUGCUAGUGCAGCAAGCGCUGGUUCCGCUGGUGGUAACAGUGGUUCAGGACUAUCAGGACUCGGAUACGGACAACAAUACGGAGCCGGUGGUGCUGGAUCUGCUGCUGCUGCCGCUGCCGCUGCCGCUUCUGCUGGUGGCUACGAAAAUGGAAUUGGCGCACUCGGCGUCCAAGGACUUGGAUCGGGACUCGGAUACGGAGGCAAUUCGGCAGCUGCCGCCGCCGCCGCCGCCGCUGAAGCAGCCUCAGCAUCUGGUUCCGGCUACGGACCAUACGGUUCAGCAUUCGGACCAUACGGAAAUCAAGGAUCUAACGGCGCAUCUUCCGCCGCCUCAGCUGCCGCCAGUGCAUCUGGCCCAGGCAACCAAGGAGCCGGCUACGGAUCUGGUCUCUACGGUAACGGAAACGGAUCUGGUGAACAAAUCGUCGUCAUCAACGGUGGAUCAUCAGGUGCUGGUUCUUCAUCUAGCUCAAGUGCUAGUGCAGCUAGUGCUUCUUCCUCCGGACCUAAUGGUGGAGCAGGAUACUUGAACCAACAAGAAUCAGAUGCCGCAGCAGCCGCCGCAGCCGCUGCCGCCGCAAACGCCGCCAAUGCUGCCAACGCUGCUGCUGCAGCUGCCGCCAACGCCGCAGCCUCUGCUGCUGAAUAUGAUAAUGCUUAUGGACCACUCGGUGGACUGGGUUCAGGUUUAGGUUACGGAUCGAACUCGGCCGGUCUCGGUAACGGACCAUACGGUCGUGGAUUUGGACCAUACGGAAAUCAAGGAUCGAACGGUGCUUCCUCAGCCGCCGCAGCUGCCGCUAGUGCAUCUGGAGCAGGUAAUCAAGGAGCUGGUUACGGAGCUGGAAACGGUGCAGGUGAAAACAUCGUCGUUAUCAAUGCUGGAUCAUCCGGCGCCGGAUCGGGCUCCAGUGCAUCUGCUAGUGCAGCAAGCGCUGGUUCCGCUGGUGGUAACAGUGGUUCAGGACUAUCAGGACUCGUAUACGGACAACAAUACGGAGCCGGUGGUGCUGGAUCUGCUGCUGCUGCCGCUGCCGCUGCCGCUUCUGCUGGUGGCUACGAAAAUGGAAUUGGCGCACUCGGCGUCCAAGGACUUGGAUCGGGACUCGGAUACGGAGGCAAUUCGGCAGCUGCCGCCGCCGCCGCCGCCGCUGAAGCAGCCUCAGCAUCUGGUUCCGGCUACGGACCAUACGGCUCAGCAUUCGGACCAUACGGAAAUCAAGGAUCUAACGGCGCAUCUUCCGCCGCCUCAGCUGCCGCCAGUGCAUCUGGCCCAGGCAACCAAGGAGCCGGCUACGGAUCUGGUCUCUACGGUAACGGAAACGGAUCUGGUGAACAAAUCGUCGUCAUCAACGGUGGAUCAUCAGGUGCUGGUUCUUCAUCUAGCUCAAGUGCUAGUGCAGCUAGUGCUUCUUCCUCCGGACCUAAUGGUGGAGCAGGAUACUUGAACCAACAAGAAUCAGAUGCCGCAGCAGCCGCCGCAGCCGCUGCCGCCGCAAACGCCGCCAAUGCUGCCAACGCUGCUGCUGCAGCUGCCGCCAACGCCGCAGCCUCUGCUGCUGAAUAUGAUAAUGCUUAUGGACCACUCGGUGGACUGGGUUCAGGUUUAGGUUACGGAUCGAACUCGGCCGGUCUCGGUAACGGACCAUACGGUCGUGGAUUUGGACCAUACGGAAAUCAAGGAUCGAACGGUGCUUCCUCAGCCGCCGCAGCUGCCGCUAGUGCAUCUGGAGCAGGUAAUCAAGGAGCUGGUUACGGAGCUGGAAACGGUGCAGGUGAAAACAUCGUCGUUAUCAAUGCUGGAUCAUCCGGCGCCGGAUCGGGCUCCAGUGCAUCUGCUAGUGCAGCAAGCGCUGGUUCCGCUGGUGGUAACAGUGGUUCAGGACUAUCAGGACUCGGAUACGGACAACAAUACGGAGCCGGUGGUGCUGGAUCUGCUGCUGCUGCCGCUGCCGCUGCCGCUUCUGCUGGUGGCUACGAAAAUGGAAUUGGCGCACUCGGCGUCCAAGGACUUGGAUCGGGACUCGGAUACGGAGGCAAUUCGGCAGCUGCCGCCGCCGCCGCCGCCGCUGAAGCAGCCUCAGCAUCUGGUUCCGGCUACGGACCAUACGGCUCAGCAUUCGGACCAUACGGAAAUCAAGGAUCUAACGGCGCAUCUUCCGCCGCCUCAGCUGCCGCCAGUGCAUCUGGCCCAGGCAACCAAGGAGCCGGCUACGGAUCUGGUCUCUACGGUAACGGAAACGGAUCUGGUGAACAAAUCGUCGUCAUCAACGGUGGAUCAUCAGGUGCUGGUUCUUCAUCUAGCUCAAGUGCUAGUGCAGCUAGUGCUUCUUCCUCCGGACCUAAUGGUGGAGCAGGAUACUUGAACCAACAAGAAUCAGAUGCCGCAGCAGCCGCCGCAGCCGCUGCCGCCGCAAACGCCGCCAAUGCUGCCAACGCUGCUGCUGCAGCUGCCGCCAACGCCGCAGCCUCUGCUGCUGAAUAUGAUAAUGCUUAUGGACCACUCGGUGGACUGGGUUCAGGUUUAGGUUACGGAUCGAACUCGGCCGGUCUCGGUAACGGACCAUACGGUCGUGGAUUUGGACCAUACGGAAAUCAAGGAUCGAACGGUGCUUCUUCAGCCGCCGCAGCUGCCGCUAGUGCAUCUGGAGCAGGCAAUCAAGGAGCUGGUUACGGAUCUGGUCUCUACGGUAACGGAAACGGAUCUGGUGAACAAAUCGUCGUCAUCAACGGUGGAUCAUCAGGUGCUGGUUCUUCAUCUAGCUCAAGUGCUAGUGCAGCUAGUGCUUCUUCCUCCGGACCUAAUGGUGGAGCAGGAUACUUGAACCAACAAGAAUCAGAUGCCGCAGCAGCCGCCGCAGCCGCUGCCGCCGCAAACGCCGCCAAUGCUGCCAACGCUGCUGCUGCAGCUGCCGCCAACGCCGCAGCCUCUGCUGCUGAAUAUGAUAAUGCUUAUGGACCACUCGGUGGACUGGGUUCAGGUUUAGGUUACGGAUCGAACUCGGCCGGUCUCGGUAACGGACCAUACGGUCGUGGAUUUGGACCAUACGGAAAUCAAGGAUCGAACGGUGCUUCCUCAGCCGCCGCAGCUGCCGCUAGUGCAUCUGGAGCAGGUAAUCAAGGAGCUGGUUACGGAGCUGGAAACGGUGCAGUGCAUCUGCUAGUGCAGCAAGCGCUGGUUCCGCUGGUGGUAACAGUGGUUCAGGACUAUCAGGACUCGGAUACGGACAACAAUACGGAGCCGGUGGUGCUGGAUCUGCUGCUGCUGCCGCUGCCGCUGCCGCUUCUGCUGGUGGCUACGAAAAUGGAAUUGGCGCACUCGGCGUCCAAGGACUUGGAUCGGGACUCGGAUACGGAGGCAAUUCGGCAGUUGCUGCCGCCGCCGCCGCCGCUGAAGCAGCCUCAGCAUCUGGUUCCGGCUACGGACCAUACGGCUCAGCAUUCGGACCAUACGGAAAUCAAGGAUCUAACGGCGCAUCUUCCCGCCGCCUCAGCUGCCGCCAGUGCAUCUGGCCCAGGCAACCAAGGAGCCGGCUACGGAUCUGGUCUCUACGGUAACGGAAACGGAUCUGGUGAACAAAUCGUCGUCAUCAACGGUGGAUCAUCCGGUGCUGGUUCUUCAUCUAGCUCAAGUGCUAGUGCAGCUAGUGCUUCUUCCUCCGGACCUAAUGGUGGAGCAGGAUACUUGAACCAACAAGAAUCAGAUGCCGCAGCAGCCGCCGCAGCCGCUGCCGCCGCAAACGCCGCCAAUGCUGCCAACGCUGCUGCUGCAGCUGCCGCCAACGCCGCAGCCUCUGCUGCUGAAUAUGAUAAUGCUUAUGGACCACUCGGUGGACUGGGUUCAGGUUUAGGUUACGGAUCGAACUCGGCCGGUCUCGGUAACGGACCAUACGGUCGUGGAUUUGGACCAUACGGAAAUCAAGGAUCGAACGGUGCUUCCUCAGCCGCCGCAGCUGCCGCUAGUGCAUCUGGAGCAGGUAAUCAAGGAGCUGGUUACGGAGCUGGAAACGGUGCAGGUGAAAACAUCGUCGUUAUCAAUGCUGGAUCAUCCGGCGCCGGAUCGGGCUCCAGUGCAUCUGCUAGUGCAGCAAGCGCUGGUUCCGCUGGUGGUAACAGUGGUUCAGGACUAUCAGGACUCGGAUACGGACAACAAUACGGAGCCGGUGGUGCUGGAUCUGCUGCUGCUGCCGCUGCCGCUGCCGCUUCUGCUGGUGGCUACGAAAAUGGAAUUGGCGCACUCGGCGUCCAAGGACUUGGAUCGGGACUCGGAUACGGAGGCAAUUCGGCAGCUGCCGCCGCCGCCGCCGCCGCUGAAGCAGCCUCAGCAUCUGGUUCCGGCUACGGACCAUACGGCUCAGCAUUCGGACCAUACGGAAAUCAAGGAUCUAACGGCGCAUCUUCCGCCGCCUCAGCUGCCGCCAGUGCAUCUGGCCCAGGCAACCAAGGAGCCGGCUACGGAUCUGGUCUCUACGGUAACGGAAACGGAUCUGGUGAACAAAUCGUCGUCAUCAACGGUGGAUCAUCAGGUGCUGGUUCUUCAUCUAGCUCAAGUGCUAGUGCAGCUAGUGCUUCUUCCUCCGGACCUAAUGGUGGAGCAGGAUACUUGAACCAACAAGAAUCAGAUGCCGCAGCAGCCGCCGCAGCCGCUGCCGCCGCAAACGCCGCCAAUGCUGCCAACGCUGCUGCUGCAGCUGCCGCCAACGCCGCAGCCUCUGCUGCUGAAUAUGAUAAUGCUUAUGGACCACUCGGUGGACUGGGUUCAGGUUUAGGUUACGGAUCGAACUCGGCCGGUCUCGGUAACGGACCAUACGGUCGUGGAUUUGGACCAUACGGAAAUCAAGGAUCGAACGGUGCUUCCUCAGCCGCCGCAGCUGCCGCUAGUGCAUCUGGAGCAGGUAAUCAAGGAGCUGGUUACGGAGCUGGAAACGGUGCAGGUGAAAACAUCGUCGUUAUCAAUGCUGGAUCAUCCGGCGCCGGAUCGGGCUCCAGUGCAUCUGCUAGUGCAGCAAGCGCUGGUUCCGCUGGUGGUAACAGUGGUUCAGGACUAUCAGGACUCGGAUACGGACAACAAUACGGAGCCGGUGGUGCUGGAUCUGCUGCUGCUGCCGCUGCCGCUGCCGCUUCUGCUGGUGGCUACGAAAAUGGAAUUGGCGCACUCGGCUUCCAAGGACUUGGAUCGGGACUCGGAUACGGAGGCAAUUCGGCAGUUGCUGCCGCCGCCGCCGCCGCUGAAGCAGCCUCAGCAUCUGGUUCCGGCUACGGACCAUACGGCUCAGCAUUCGGACCAUACGGAAAUCAAGGAUCUAACGGCGCAUCUUCCGCCGCCUCAGCUGCCGCCAGUGCAUCUGGCCCAGGCAACCAAGGAGCCGGCUACGGAUCUGGUCUCUACGGUAACGGAAACGGAUCUGGUGAACAAAUCGUCGUCAUCAACGGUGGAUCAUCCGGUGCUGGUUCUUCAUCUAGCUCAAGUGCUAGUGCAGCUAGUGCUUCUUCCUCCGGACCUAAUGGUGGAGCAGGAUACUUGAACCAACAAGAAUCAGAUGCCGCAGCAGCCGCCGCAGCCGCUGCCGCCGCAAACGCCGCCAAUGCUGCCAACGCUGCUGCUGCAGCUGCCGCCAACGCCGCAGCCUCUGCUGCUGAAUAUGAUAAUGCUUAUGGACCACUCGGUGGACUGGGUUCAGGUUUAGGUUACGGAUCGAACUCGGCCGGUCUCGGUAACGGACCAUACGGUCGUGGAUUUGGACCAUACGGAAAUCAAGGAUCGAACGGUGCUUCUUCAGCCGCCGCAGCUGCCGCUAGUGCAUCUGGAGCAGGCAAUCAAGGAGCUGGUUACGGAUCUGGUCUCUACGGUAACGGAAACGGAUCUGGUGAACAAAUCGUCGUCAUCAACGGUGGAUCAUCAGGUGCUGGUUCUUCAUCUAGCUCAAGUGCUAGUGCAGCUAGUGCUUCUUCCUCCGGACCUAAUGCUGCCGCCAACGCCGCAGCCUCUGCUGCUGAAUAUGAUAAUGCUUAUGGACCACUCGGUGGACUGGGUUCAGGUUUAGGUUACGGAUCGAACUCGGCCGGUCUCGGUAACGGACCAUACGGUCGUGGAUUUGGACCAUACGGAAAUCAAGGAUCGAACGGUGCUUCCUCAGCCGCCGCAGCUGCCGCUAGUGCAUCUGGAGCAGGUAAUCAAGGAGCUGGUUACGGAGCUGGAAACGGUGCAGGUGAAAACAUCGUCGUUAUCAAUGCUGGAUCAUCCGGCGCCGGAUCGGGCUCCAGUGCAUCUGCUAGUGCAGCAAGCGCUGGUUCCGGUGGUGGUAACAGUGGUUCAGGACUAUCAGGACUCGGAUACGGACAACAAUACGGAGCCGGUGGUGCUGGAUCUGCUGCUGCUGCCGCUGCCGCUGCCGCUUCUGCUGGUGGCUACGAAAAUGGAAUUGGCGCACUCGGCGUCCAAGGACUUGGAUCGGGACUCGGAUACGGAGGCAAUUCGGCAGCUGCCGCCGCCGCCGCUGAAGCAGCCUCAGCUUCUGGUUCCGGCUACGGACCAUACGGCUCAGCAUUCGGACCAUACGGAAAUCAAGGAUCUAACGGCGCAUCUUCCGCCGCCUCAGCUGCCGCCAGUGCAUCUGGCCCAGACAACCAAGGAGCCGGCUACGGAUCUGGUCUCUACGGUAACGGAAACGGAUCUGGUGAACAAAUCGUCGUCAUCAACGGUGGAUCAUCAGGUGCUGGUUCUUCAUCUAGCUCAAGUGCUAGUGCAGCUAGUGCUUCUUCCUCCGGACCUAAUGGUGGAGCAGGAUACUUGAACCAACAAGAAUCAGAUGCCGCAGCAGCCGCCGCAGCCGCUGCCGCCGCAAACGCCGCCAAUGCUGCCAACGCUGCUGCUGCAGCUGCCGCCAACGCCGCAGCCUCUGCUGCUGAAUAUGAUAAUGCUUAUGGACCACUCGGUGGACUGGGUUCAGGUUUAGGUUACGGAUCGAACUCGGCCGGUCUCGGUAACGGACCAUACGGUCGUGGAUUUGGACCAUACGGAAAUCAAGGAUCGAACGGUGCUUCUUCAGCCGCCGCAGCUGCCGCUAGUGCAUCUGGAGCAGGUAAUCAAGGAGCUGGUUACGGAGCUGGAAACGGUGCAGGUGAAAACAUCGUCGUUAUCAAUGCUGGAUCAUCCGGCGCCGGAUCGGGCUCCAGUGCAUCUGCUAGUGCAGCAAGCGCUGGUUCCGCUGGUGGUAACAGUGGUUCAGGACUAUCAGGACUCGGAUACGGACAACAAUACGGAGCCGGUGGUGCUGGAUCUGCUGCUGCUGCCGCUGCCGCUGCCGCUUCUGCUGGUGGCUACGAAAAUGGAAUUGGCGCACUCGGCGUCCAAGGACUUGGAUCGGGACUCGGAUACGGAGGCAAUUCGGCAGCUGCCGCCGCCGCCGCCGCCGCUGAAGCAGCCUCAGCAUCUGGUUCCGGCUACGGACCAUACGGCUCAGCAUUCGGACCAUACGGAAAUCAAGGAUCUAACGGCGCAUCUUCCGCCGCCUCAGCUGCCGCCAGUGCAUCUGGCCCAGGCAACCAAGGAGCCGGCUACGGAUCUGGUCUCUACGGUAACGGAAACGGAUCUGGUGAACAAAUCGUCGUCAUCAACGGUGGAUCAUCAGGUGCUGGUUCUUCAUCUAGCUCAAGUGCUAGUGCAGCUAGUGCUUCUUCCUCCGGACCUAAUGGUGGAGCAGGAUACUUGAACCAACAAGAAUCAAAUGCCGCAGCAGCCGCCGCAGCCGCUGCCGCCGCAAACGCCGCCAAUGCUGCCAACGCUGCUGCUGCAGCUGCCGCCAACGCCGCAGCCUCUGCUGCUGAAUAUGAUAAUGUUUACGGACCUGUCGUUGGAUCUGGUGCUUCAGCUUUUGCUUCAGAGGUACAAAGUGACGUUUCCGGACCAUUACCUAAAGUUAUUGUUAUAAACGAAGAUGACUCGGAAAGAUUUUCAUCUUCCCCUCUUGACAAUGGUCGUGGUUCCGUCAGUAAUAGUGUGUCUUCAGGAAACUAUGGACCAAGUUCAUUUGGAGACAUAGUUGUAAUCAAUGAAUCAAACGCUGGUAUCAACUCCGGUGUGUCUUCCGUAUCAGCUGGUUCUUCCAGGGGAAGUCUAUCUGGACCAGUUAUUGCUUCAAGUGGAAACGUUGGCGUAGGAUCUUCAUCUGCAGUAGCACCCUAUGGCAAUCAAAGACAAUCCUCAAUCAUCAUCAUCAAUGAGGACAAUGGUUCUGGUUCAGCAUCCUCAGCAAGCAGCUCUGUCGCAGUAAGCGGCUCUUCUGGUGGAUACGUCCAAGGCAGAGGCAGAGUUCGUCAAGGUUGUAGACUUCAACGCAGACAGUUUGUCAUCAAGGUUGGACGACGAGGUGGAGUUUGCCGUAACUGUUAA